AUGGCGUCGUCGUGGGCUCAGCACGCGCCCAUAUUCGGCGCGCACUGCAGCCAAUUCCUGGUGGAGCAAUGUCCGCUUGGCGCGCAGGUCCUAGCUGCGCCAUUGUCGCAUCAGUCGCAGUCCCCGUCGUUUGCUCAUUACCAUUCUCGCCAGCAGCACGACUCUGCGACGUUAUGGGACGAGAAUCCGUCGCUUGAUUUAUUCGCGGAGAGUGACGUGGCAGCGGAGUUCUUGAACCUUCUGGACGCCAUCACGGACGGCUCGCAGUCGGACGGGACUCCCAUCGGCAGCACCGAUUCACACGAUUCACAACAGCAUCGCGAUACAAACUUAUUGCACCAGCAGCACCAGCCGUCGUCGUCCGCACCAUUUUCACCUGCCGCCUCCGCCGCCGAUCCCGCCACGGCCAUCUCCGUUUCCGCCAGCGGUGCUGCUAGCUUAUUGGCCGCAUCGCCAGGUUCGUUUGGCGAUGGUGCUAUGACGGCAGCAGCAGCACUGGCAAACCCUGUGUCUCCGCGGCACGGGGAGUCGUUAAACUCGUUGGAGCCGGGGACGAUUCACGACGAGGCUGCGGAGUGUACGGCGGGGUUUAACUUCACUGGCGCUCGUCUAGACGACCCCAUCGACGCUUUUCUCGGCACCCUGCUGCUCGCGGAUCCGGGGUCCGGGAGAGGCGAUUUGCUCGUGUCAUUGCCUUGCCCGUCCGCCGCUGCGGCUCGCGAUCAUAGCCCGCCGCUGCACGGCGCGCCGACAGUUAGCCAAGGCGCGGCGGAAAUGCGGGAGUGCUGGCGUCCAGACUCGUUGGUAGCACCUCCCGCGUCUACCUCGUGGGCUUCGCUGCCGUUGCACAGGGAAGAGACUCACUCGCCACUGCUGCAGCAGCAGCAGCAGCAGCUUGUGAUAACGACGCCAGAAGGGAACGAGGCGUUGCAUGAAUGGAUGCCUUGCGUACCAGCGCAUGUGCGACCAGGGGGCCAGGGCGAACCGGCAUGUGCGGGGACUGGCUGGAGUGGCAAUACAGUGGGGGACGUGGGCAUGGGCGGAAGCAAGGCGGGCGGAAUGGGCGGUGGGGGAGGCGAUGUGCAGCAGGUGCACGAUUUGGCGCCCCCUGUGGAGAUUUCUGCCGCGGGACUCUUUGGUGGAGCGCGUGUGGAGGGAUGCGGUGAGGGAAGUGGGGCGACAAGCAGGGAGCGGCGCGAGGAUAGUGCGAGUGGCAAUGGCAAUGCGAUUGCUGAUGAUGAUGCGUUUCGGGAUGCUGGUGGUGGUGGUGGUGCUGCUGCUGCUGCUGCUGCUGCUGGUGCAUGGGAAGGACAGCAGGUGGGCGAGCUGUUGGGCGCACAGCAGUGGCUUCAUAGUCAUAAUAGCAGUAAUAGUAAUAGAAGUCAUAAUAGCAACAACAAAAAAAAUCCGCAGCAGCAGCAGCAGGAGCCGCAGCAGCCGCAGCAGCCGCAGGCAGUGGGUGGCAGCACCCCGCGUGUGCGGCAGUUGCCCAAUCUGUCAGGGCGACUGGCAGCUCUCAUCAGCCAAAUAAGCCACACCAGCAACGCCAAUGCCAAGGCUAAGGCCAAGGCCAAGGCCAAGCGCAGGGCGGGUCAUGACGCUGCAGCAGCAGCAGCAGCAGCAGCAGCAGCAGCUGGCGCAGGGGGAAUGAUGAUGAUGCACGAGCAGGCGGGUCUAGCAAAUGGCCUGGAGCGUGGCUUGGAGGAGGGAGGGCGAGAGAGCGCGUCGGGCCUGCAUGGGCGAGGCACAGGCGGUGGUGAUGGGGGAAGGCUCACAUGUGGGCGUGGUGGGGGCGGUGGUGUGCAGGAGGCGCAUGGCGAGGAGUCAGGCAGCAAGCGGCGGGCAGUGCAGGCGCGAGAAGUGUCGCAGGUCCCACCCUCUGCAGCACUCAGCUCUCAGCACCUUGCUGCUGCCGCUGCAGCACCUUCCUUCCCUCCUAAGCCCACUACUAGCGCUGCUGCUGCUGCUGCAGGAGGCAAUGCUGCAGCGGCGCCGUCCCUACCCCACGCGUGGUUACUGCCAGGCUCGGGUCCAGACGGCCUGUCAGGAGAGGUGGACCCGUUUCUCCUCACGGAGCACAUCAGCCGCUGCGCGCCUGCUCUCGCCCUCGCCCCUGCCAUGCUCAGAGCCCCGCACGACCCCUUUGCCACCCUGCAGCUGCAGCUGCCGUCACUCGCUGCAGUUCCGUACACACGAGCUUCCUCCCAGGCGCUCCCAUGUCAUUCGGGCAGAGAGGGUGUGUCGGCCUCUCAUCCCCUCGCGUACCACUCUCUGCUGCCAACUGCACUGCCCGUGCCCCGGCCUGUGCGUGCGCGCAUGCACAAGGGCAAGAGCGAUGUGGGCAUGGACGAGGUGAGGCAGCUCGUGCUCGCCCUCGCUGAAGCCAUCGCCACCGCUGACAUGGUCAGUGCCCCCUCCCUCCCUCCCUCCCUCCCUCCCUCCCUCCCUCCCUCCCUCCCUCCCUCCCUCCCUCCCUCCCUCCCUCCCUCCCUCAUCCCCUCUUCCCCUCAGUUCUCUCACCACCGCACACGCUCCCUGCCCCGCACCUUCCCCAUCCAUUUCAAUAUCCGUGCGCCCCUCUCCCUGCAGGACCGGGUGGCAGGGCUGCGGACGCGCAUGGCAGCAGCGGCGUGUGCGGAGGGGCGGGCGGGGCAGCGAGUGGCACACUGCUUCCUGGACGCGCUCACCACCCGCCUGCACGGCACUGGCGCCCUCCGCCUCUACAACGCUGCCUUCUCCCAGGACAUGCUGCAGUCGCGCCAAGUGUAUUUCACCACCACGCCCUUCAUCCCCUUCCUCUACGCCACCGCCUAUUCCGCCAUCCUGCAAACCUUCUCCCGCUCCUCUCGCCCCUCCCCUCCCACUGGCACCACCACCACCGCUCGCUAUCCUGCGUUCGAUCCCCGAGCUGCCAAGCACUGCACACAGCGGUGCACAGCAGGAGCAGCGGCAGAAGCAGGGGCGGGAGCGGGGGAAGCGGCGGGAUGCGGAGCAGAUGGUGUAGGAGGCAGGGGAGUGGGAGACGUUCAGGUGGAGGAGGUGGGGAAUGCGGAGCAGUGCUGGGUGGCAGAGUGUGAGCGGCAGAAGCACGAGGAGCUGGGGAGGAUGCUCACAGCUCAGCUCACAGCAGAGGCAGCAGCGCUGGGCAUAGAGAGGUUUGAGCACCGCGUGGUGACGAUGAACAAGGACAACCUCGCUGAUAGCCUCUCCCAGGUGGAGGGCCGGCGCACAUGGCAGGGCCGCGGUGGCAGUGGGACAAGGAGGAUGCGUGGAGGGGUGCAGGAGGGGGGUCUUGAGGAGUGGCAAGGGGAGGGGUGUGAGGAGGAGGAGGAAGAGGAGAAGGAGGUGGUGGCGGUGUGCUGUUGUUUGGAGCUGCAAUACUUCCACGACAGCUCUGUCAUGCGUAGCAGCCCUAGAGAUGCUGUUCUCAAGGUGCGCUGCCUGCUGCCUGCUUUCAGUGGUUGCAUCACUGCGUGUGUGGGGCAGCGGGCCGUGGCACCGCACGAUGCUCGCAAUGCUUGGGUGGCCUCCCUCGCUCCGGACAUAUUUGCAUUCAUGGAGACUGACCUCUCUGCCAACGGCCCCUUCUUCCUCUCGCGCCUGCGCAACUGCCUCGACUACCACGCCGCGCUCUUUGAGUGCCACGAGGGCCUCUCUGCAUGCCCUGCCCCCAACCACGCGCCCCAGCCAACCAAACUCCACCAGCAGCGCAACCAGCAACCACAGCAGCAGCAGCACCAUCUGUCAACCGACGCACAGCCCUUUGCACAAGGCGCGGUGGGCAGUGCUGACACCAGCUGGUCCCAAGUCUGCAUGUCCUCUCUCUCACAAGCCACUGAGAAGCCCACACCACCCACCCCUGCGCCUUCCCCCCUCCUCGAAGCUCCCACUCGCCGCGACCACAUCCUGGCAUUUGAGCGGGCCUUCUUCGGGUACAACAUCGUGAACAUGGUGGCCACUGAGGGCAUGCAGAGGUCGGUGCGCCCGGAGAGCCUGGUGGAGUGGGCGCAGCGCAUUCGGCACGCGGGGUUUGUGCCGCUGGCGGUGCCGGCAGACGUGCUGGAGGAGGCGUAUGGCACCAUCCGCAGCACCCCCCUGGGGCUGGGCAUGCUGGCCACAGAGGGCGCAGCGCAGCUCACAUGGCAUGGCUGCCCGCUGCUCAUGUGCACUCUCUGGCAGGUGCCGUGGGUCAUGGGUUGA